CUCUAGCUUAUCUCAUAUACGUGUAUAAAUUCCCCAAGUGUACAUCACAAUUACUCAAUACAAAUUCCACACUUUCAUGGUAUCAAGAGCCAUUCUCUAAAGAGCUUAUAGUUUCUAUUUUUUCCCGGCCUAUCACGAUGGUUAUCACCACCGCCACUGUCGUGGUUUCCCUCACCGCCGCAACCCAUUUUCCAAUUAAACUCACUACUUCCAACUAUCCAGUUUGGAAAAGCCAAGUUCACUCCGCCCUUAUCGGAUUGGGACUUGAAGACUAUGUCGAUGGUGAUCUUGUCGGAUUCGUUCCCGACAAAUAUCUAGAUUCAGCCAAAACCCAGAUCAACCCAUGCUACACCAUCUGGUACCGCCAAGACAAGACUAUUCUUAGUACACUUCUUGGCAGUUGUGCUGACACCAUUCAGCCUCUCAUCUCAUCGGCCUCUACGGCACGUCAAGCUUGGGACAAGCUGUCACUUACGUACGCCAGCUCCUCUCGUGGCAGAAUUAUUUCACUCAAAUCUACACUGGCCAAAACCACCAAGGGAUCUCGAUCCAUUCUGGAUUAUCUCACUGAAAUGCAGGCUAUUGCUCAAGCAUUAGCUCUUGCCCAGAAUCCAAUUUCGGAGGAGGACCUUGUGAUUAGCAUCUUGAAAGGAUUGGGAUCGGACUAUAGUGACAUCAAAUCAGCUAUUCGUGUUCGGGAAACUGUAUUACCUCUUACGGAGCUGCAGGAUAUUUUAUUGGAACAUGAACAACAGGUCAAUGAUGCUGCUGCCUCAAAUUAGCCUCUUAUUCCUACGGCAAAUGCAACCCAGACUGCUCCCAGGCAGUCCAAUAACCUUGACCGACGACCCACUUAUAAUCCAGAUCGUCGAGGCAGUUUCUCAAGGCGGGGCAGAGGUGCUUCCUCUGGUUCUUCUCGCUUCUCAUCAUCACAGGUGGUAUGCCGGUUUUGUGACAACGUCGGUCAUGAGGUGAAGUACUGCCGCAAACUUCAACGAUUUCUCCGUGAUAACAAUAUCCCCUACCCGUCUCAACAAGGACAUCCGGCGGUCAAUCAUAUCACCACCACACAAUCACCAAGCGGUCAACAAUGGAUGUUUGAUAGCGGUGCAUCUCACCAUGUCGCAUCCGAUGCUAAUCUUCUCCCCACAUACACAGAUUAUGGCGGUCCGGAAGAGGUUCGUCUAGGGGAUGGUAAGGCUCUUUCCAUCACACACACAGGAUCGGGUCACGGGGGCGCCACUUCUACGAGGGGAGAACAUUCAUGAUGUCUACUAUGUCCCGUUCAAGCCUGUACCUCAAGUCAAUGCCACCCACCUCUCGGAUGUCUCACGUUGGCACCACACUCUGGGGCAUCCUUCCAGUCGUGUACUUCAGUUUUUAGUUCAUAAAAAUAAAAAUAUUCAGUGUAAUCCACAAUGUGAUUUUCAUUGUAUGUCCUGCUCCAUCAAUAAAAGUAUCAAAUUGCCUUUUUUUGUUAAUACCAUGCGUGCCACUAGUCCUCUUGAACUAAUAUAUACUGAUGUCUGGAGCACUUCUG